UUAGCCUCAUGUUUACUCCCGAAAGCUCACUUUGCUUUUAGCCCUGGCCGUCGGCUGAGCGGAGCUGCGCAUGCGCCGCGUGCUCCCGUGGCAUAGAGCCUCGUCCAGUCACGACUAGCCACUGGGCGGGGUGCGUGCCGGCCGAGGGCGCCGGCUGCCAGAGUGGACAUGGCGGCCGGCCCCACUGGGGCGGUGCUGGCCCUCCUGGGGGUGCUCAGUGUCUGUGCAGCCAGCGCCUAUGGGUCCGUGGCGGAGAGGGAGGCCGGCGGUGAGGCGGAAUGGGCGGAACCGUGGGAUGGCGCGGUUUUCCGGCCGCCCUCGGCGCUGGGCGCAGUGGGGGUGACGCGCAGCUCCGGAACGCCGAGACCAGGGAGGGAGGAGGCCGGAGAUUUGCCGGUGCUGCUGUGGUGGAGCCCAGGGCUAUUCCCCCACUUCUCGGGAGACUCGGAGCGCAUCGAGUGUGCGCGCGGCGCUUGCGUGACGUCCCGGAACCGCCGAGCGCUGAGGGACUCGCGGACGCGCGCGCUGCUCUUCUACGGCACCGACUUCCGCGCUUCGGCCGCGCCGCUGCCGCGCCUGGCGCACCAGAGCUGGGCGCUCCUCCACGAGGAGUCGCCCCUCAACAACUUCUUGCUGAGCCACGGCCCGGGCAUCCGCCUCUUCAAUCUUACCUCCACAUUCAGUCGCCACUCGGAUUACCCGCUGUCGCUGCAGUGGCUGCCCGGGACCGCCUAUCUGCGCCGCCCGGUGCCUCCGCUCCGGGAACGCGCGGAGUGGCGCCGCCGCGGCUACGCGCCGCUGCUCUAUCUCCAGUCCCACUGCGACGUGCCUGCGGACCGGGACCGCUACGUGCGCGAGCUCAUGCGCCACAUCCCGGUAGACUCCUACGGGAAAUGCCUGCAGAAUCGGGAGCUGCCCACUGCGCGGCUACAGGACACAGCCACGGCCACCACCGAGGAUCCAGAGCUCUUGGCUUUCUUGUCCCGCUAUAAGUUCCACUUGGCCCUGGAAAAUGCCAUCUGUAACGACUACAUGACAGAAAAACUGUGGCGUCCCAUGCAUCUGGGCGCUGUGCCCGUGUACCGCGGCUCUCCCUCUGUGAGGGACUGGAUGCCGAACAAUCACUCCAUCAUCCUGAUUGAUGAUUUUGAGUCUCCUCAGAAGCUGGCAGAGUUUAUUGACUUUCUGGACAAGAAUGAUGAGGAAUAUAUGAAAUACCUGGCAUACAAGCAACCUGGGGGCAUCACCAACCAAUUCCUUCUGGAUAGUCUGAAGCAUCGGGAGUGGGGAGUGAAUGAUCCUUUGCUGCCUAACUACCUCAACGGCUUCGAGUGUUUCGUCUGUGACCACGAACUGGCUCGGCUGGAUGCCGAGAAAGCCCACGCGGACUCUCCCGGGGACAGCCCCGUUCUUGAGCCCCACAUUGCCCAGCCCUCACACAUGGACUGCCCAAUGCCCACACCUGGCUUUGGCAAUGUGGAAGAGAUUCCUGAGAAUGACAGUUGGAAAGAGAUGUGGCUGCAAGAUUAUUGGCAAGGUCUGGACCAGGGGGAAGCUCUCACUGCCAUGAUCCACAACAAUGAAACAGAGCAGAGGAAAUUUUGGGAUUACCUACAUGAAAUCUUCAUGAAAAGGCAACAUCUCUAAGUGCCCUUGCAAGAACCUUUAACUUGGCGGAGCUAAGGAGAUUUUAUUCUACCCUGGGACAUAAGGAGCAUCCACUGCACAAACCCUUACUGAACACUGUCUUUUCAUGGAUUCAAGGCAUUCCAGUUUUAUCUAUUAAGAUUUUAUCUUAAUGAUGAGUAGCCAAGGUCUAACAUAGGGCCUCUCCUCAAGGAGAGAUGGAGGCAUACAAUUCUUGGUUCAGUGAGAACCCUAAAACAUCCAUUUGAUUCAAGGUGCUGGUCGAACAGUUUUUAAAUUACUCAAUUCUCUAUUUCAUCCUUUGAGCUGUACUUGACUACCAAUGAAGUAAGAUGGGUCAGGUUACGACUUACAACUUUUGUUCUAUUCCCCAAACUCCUCAUUAUUCAGUACAUUUCCCAAUAAUCUCUUCUUCUCAUCUGUUGCUUUAUAAAUUGUUAUGUUGGUGGAGAAGCAAAACUUCUGGUGAGUUGUAUUCUGGUUUUUUGCAUUUUUUAUAUUAUGUAUUUUGCUUUCAUGUCAAA